AUGGCUCCCGCCACGCGCUACGCGAUCUUGGUCGGAGUGAACUGCUACCCGGAGCAGCCCCUCAAAGGUUGCGUCCGUGAUGUCCAAGAGAUGGCAAUAUAUCUCGCCAAAUGGCCAGUCACCACUCAUAUUCAAUGUUUCACCGCAACUCAAGCUGACAACCCACAAUCCCUCGGCCCCGCCGAAGACUCGAAAUCGUGGCCUACCUACAACAACGUCAAAUCUAGCAUGAAGAGGGUGACAUCACUGGCAAAGCCUGGCGACUUCGUAUAUAUCCAUUAUUCUGGCCACGGCACAAUAAUCAAGCCUUCUGCGGCGAACAAGCAUUUCGGAGAUGUCGCGUGGAAUCUCCUUGCAGGAAAAAAUGGGGAUAGGAUUCGCUACUUUCGAGGCGUCGCACUGGUCUCCUUGGUAAAUGACAUGGUGAAGAAGGGAUUGACAGUCACAGUCGUUAUGGACUGUUGCUUCUCUGGGGGCGUAUCUCGUGACGAGGGCCCGGACAACGUUAGAUCUCUCGACUACGACGCGCAGGUGGAUAUGGACUAUCCACCUGAUCCUCCUAUGGAGAGCCUCGAUUUGCAAAUGGUUGGGGAUGCCUCUCGGGACGGCUCUAUGCUUCCCAAUUGGUUCCUCAAUCCGGAUAACUAUGCCAUUCUCGCCGCAUGCGGUCAGCACGAAGUGGCCAAAGAGAUUGAGUUUCCAGAUGGGAGGGUGUACGGAGCACUAUCUUACCUAUUGCUGUAUACGCUUUCCAACAUUGACAUCGCGACCCAAUCACAGCUGGGCAUCUACAAUAACUUGCAAACCAUAUUCCGGCAAAAAUAUACUCGACAAAACCCUGUUUUGUAUGGCAAUAUGAACUUACGCUUCUUUGAUUCAAUCUUGCCAUCGCAACGCAACUUCCCUAUUCCCAUCGGUUUGGAGAAGGACUCUAGUCUUCUUUUACAAGGUGGUCAAGCUCAUGGUGUUUGCACCGGCGACCUGUUUGCCAUUUCCCGGUUCUAUUCGACGGGGAGCAAGCCUGGGGGGAGCGAGAAACCAGUGACUGCCCGCGUCACGAAAGUCAGAGGUUUGACUUCAGACUUGGAACUGGUGGACCAAAAUCAGGGGCAAAAUGUUGUCCAGAGAGGCUGGGUUGCGAAAGCACUGACCCGUACUGCACUUCGACAAUAUCCAAUAGCACUCGCAGCCAACGUCCCGGACACGGACAAAUGGCUCGAUGCUGCAAAAGAACGGGAGUCUCUAGCAUUAUCUCGUCUGGAUUCUCUGGAUUGUCCAUUCACGUUCCAGGUCGUUUUGAACGCCGACGAAAAUGUCUAUGAGAUUCGAGACGGAUCAGAUCAAAAAUUGGCAAACCUGCCCGUUGUAUCGAGAGACCACGAAGAUGCUAUAGCAGAUAUCCUCGGUAUCCUUGAGCAUCUGGCAUGGUUCAAACACGUCAGAGCCAUUACCAAUCCGGGCCCAACGGAUGAUUUCCUACGUUCAUUUGACAUUAGCAUUCUCAAUCGCUCCGGAAAAGCUUUCGACAAAGACCGGGUGAUCGAACUAAAGCACAAGGACAUAGUCAUGCUGGAAAUACAGAAUAAAGGCCAGCUUCCUCUGUAUGUUCAUGUUUACGAUCUGGAGAACAGCUGGGAAGUCGAAAACCUCUGCCGUGCAUCCUACGAAACCGUUCCGGCUCGCAACCCCGAUCUCAAUUCUUCGGGACGGAGUAAGAAGCGAGUAAAGAUGACGGUCCCCACUGACAUGCAGGCGAGGGGGUACAAGGAGUGUGACGACGUGAUCAAGGUCUUUGUUACCAUGCAGCCCACGACUUUCGCGUGUUUGGAGCUGCCGAAUAUCAACAAACUCGCGAGGAUGGAUGCCAAUGCAGCAACGAUCCCAUCAGCUGAUCCUGGCGAAAUUGGGAUUGCACCAGACGAUUGGAUUGCAUUGAACUUUCACUUCCACACAACGGCUUAG